AUGGCAGCCUCAUCUUCGACAUCGGCCCAAUUGCCGCUGCAUCAACACGUCGACACUGCCCUGCUGCUUUGCGUCGACUCGUCUGCCAUUCCCACAUCCUUGACAGCAGCAUCCAAAGAGGCGCGCGAAGAGCUGCUGCGUAGCAGAGCGACGAUCUCCACGCAAGCCUUGAUCUCUGCUCUAUGGGCCAUCCCAUCCAAGCAGCAUCCCGAUCACGGACGGAUAGCCCUGUUGCCUGCUCCACUGUCCGUCGGCUCAGGCGGCACUCCUCUACCUCGCGAAAAACCUUUACCAGCGAAGAAGGUCGAGACGAAAUGGGAAGCAUUCGCGAAGCGCAAAGGAAUCGAUGGGAACAAGAAGAGGGACAAAUUGGUUUGGGAUGAUGAGAGGAAAGAGUGGGUACCCAGAUGGGGCUUCAAGGGGAAGAACAAGGAUGCGGAAGAUCAGUGGAUACACGAACUACCUCAAAAUGUCUCGGACGAUCAUGAUCCUGCAAAGGAAGCUCGAGCGGAACGCAAAGCUAGAAAAUUGUCCAACGAUGCGAAACAUGCAAAGAAUUUGGCCAGAGCGACAGGAGCUGCUCUCAGCACCUCUGCUGCUGCCAAGAGAGCUGCGGACCAGGAGAAAGCGAAUGCAGGAUUAGGCGGCGGUCCUCAGUCUGCUGCGGCGGAGAAGGCGACAAAGAGGAAAGCGGAGAGGGAAUUGAGAAAGGGGCAAUUGGAUGCGGAUGUCAAGAGGGCAAAGGUCAGCACCGCUAGCAUGGGCAAGUACGACAAGCAGCUCAAAGGCGAGAGCAAAGAGAAGGGUCUCAGGAGGCAGGUGAGUUUAGAUGGUCAGGCUCGAGUGUCGCAAAUGCGUCCCCUCAUCGCAUCUGUCUCGUCUACUUGGCAUGCAUCACUCACCCAAUCCCUUGUCCCUGCUCCUCUCUGCAUGCUUCCAUUCGUCCAACUUUUGCAGUUCGCACCAAACGAGCAAGACACUUCCUCCGAACGAGUUUCGCAGCUCGCGCUCAUCUCCGGCUUGUCAAAGGGAGGUGCGCCAGUACGCUCGAAGCCAAAUGCCAAGGGACAAGGAGAUGCGGAUCUGGUCAAUGCUCGCAAGGCCGUACGUUUCGAGAGCGGUGGGAGAGGAAGCUCUGCAUUGGCGAGCAAGGGUGCAUCGAGUCGAGGAGGUAGGGGAGGUAAAGCUUCUAGAGGAGGCAAGAGGUCAAAGUGA